GUGCCGUCCAUCAUGGCAGACUUGACGGUUGGUCGGGACAGGUGGGAGCUCCGGUUUGACGAGCUGCUGUUGUUCUCAAUACAAAGAGCAGAGCCGGAGAACACUUUACAUUCACAUUACAUUUAACACAUCAACACUUACGGUACAUUCAAACAUUAUUAUCGUAUUUUUGACACGUUUUCCGCGGAAAAUGUCCGACAAAGGAGAGAAAUUGAACAGAAACUGCGCAGUCAUAGUUUAAUGGGAGCAGUGACCUGAGCAGAUAUGCCAGCUGACGACAAGGUUGCCAUUUUGUCAGACGAUGAGGAGGAGCAGAAGAGGAAGUAUGUGUUGGCCGAGCCGUACGACACGAUGGAGCGGCAGGCGGGUGUUUCUGAGACGACGCCGCCCACCUCGGACUCGCCGCCCGAGCAACCGGUGGCCCCGCAGCCCGACUCAAUAGACUGCUGCGAGAGGAUGUGCCUCCGCAUCAACAGCCACCUCCUCAUCUCCAAAGUCUUCUACUUCUUCUUCUACGCCGCCUACGGCUCGCUGCACCCUCUGCUGGCCUUGUACUACAAGCAGCUCGGCAUGUCGGCCACACGCAGCGGGCUGCUCGUCGGCAUCCGCUACUUCAUCGAGUUCUGCAGCGCCCCCUUCUGGGGCAUAGUGGCCGACCGCUUCAAGAAAGGGAAGGCCGUCCUGCUGUUUUCUGUUCUGUGCUGGUUGAUGUUCAACUGCGGCAUCGGCUUUGUCAAACCGGCGGAGAUGAAGUGUGAGGAGAAAACUGCAGAUCCCCCGAUGACGACGCUGGCGCCUGUGAUGACGACUCUCCCGCACGAUAACUUCACAACGCAGAGCAACUUCAGCAACCACAACAGAAGUCGCCGGAGCUUUCUAGACCUCCCUGGGCUUCCUGAGAUCCUGGACUCUUAUUUAAGCGUGCUCCACAGGCACCAGCGAAGCACAGACGCCAACGCCACUUCCGCUCCGUUCAAGCCGUCUAACACCACCCAGUUCAUGCCAAACACCACCCUCCCCACCACCACCACCACAAUCUCCCCUACUCCAACCACAGCCAAGGAGUACCAGAUCAUCUACGACAAGGACCAGGUGGAGAGCAUCUUCCUGCUCAUCCUGCUCGUCAUCAUCGUGGGCGAGUUCUUCAGCGCUCCCGCCGUCACCAUCGUGGACACCGUGACCCUGCAGUACCUCGGUAAGGCCCGCGACCGUUACGGCCUGCAGAGGAUGUGGGGCUCCCUGGGCUGGGGUCUGGCCAUGCUGCUGGUGGGCAUCUGGAUCGACCACACGCACAUCACCGUGGCGAUCGACGGCGUGGGCUGCAUCGUGCCCGACUUCCGCCUCCACAACUACAAGAUCGCCUUCAUCGUCUUCGGUGUGCUGAUGGGUGUGGCGUUAGUCGUUGCCACUCAGUUUUACUUUGAAAACGGUGGCGACUACCAGCAGGAGGUUCCAGAGCGGGUGGUGGAGGACGGCGGCCCGAGAGCGUUACCUCAGUCCAACUCCUCGGACCAAACUCCCAGCGGCCCCGACGCCGCUCAGGAGUUCCACUACAGCGACCUGCUGAGGCUCCUCUGCACCGUGCGCUACGGCUCCGUCCUGUUCGUCGCCUGGUUCAUGGGCUUCGGCUACGGCUUCGUCUUCACCUUCCUGUACUGGCACUUAGAGGACCUGCAGGGCACCACCACGCUGUUCGGCGUCUGCUCCGUCCUCAGCCACAUCUCCGAGCUCGCGGCCUACUUCACCAGCCACAAGUUCAUCGAGCUGGUCGGACACGUCAGGGUGCUGUACAUCGGCCUGGCCUGCAACACCGCUCGCUACCUGUACAUCUCCUACCUGAAGAGCGCGUGGACCGUGCUGCCCAUGGAGGUCCUUCAAGGUGUGAGCCACGCCUCCGUUUGGGCCGCCUGUAUCUCCUUCCUGAGCGCGGCGGUGCCUCCGGCCCUGAGGACGUCGGCGCAGGGCAUCCUGCAGGGCCUGCACCUCGGCUUGGGCCGCGGCUGUGGAGCCAUGGUGGGAGGAGUGUUUGUCAACUACUUUGGUGCUGCAGAGACGUUCAGAGGAAUCGGCAUGGCCUCCCUCGUCAUCCUCCUCAUCUUCGCCUUCAUCCAGUUCCUGACUGGAGACAGUGAGGGCACAGAGGACAAAAUGUUGGCUGAGAACAUCCCGGUCCCCUCCAGCCCGGUUCCCAUCGCCACCAUCGACCUGGUGCAGAGCCAGACCGACGCCGGCAGCCCCUCCCCGGCUCGCACGGCCGCCGUGCUGCCCGUCAAGAAGACCAAACACCAGGAGGAUCAGGAGGACGUGACCAGGCCCGCCUGGGUGCUCUCUGGCGCCCCCUGGGUCACCAUCGCCUUCGCCAUCGUCCAGAUAAAGGAGAUGAUGAACAUGACGAAGAACGGCGGACCGCCUACAGAGACUCAACCGCUUCAGAAAGAAGACGGUCAGUACCUAAUGAGCAGGCGUCGGCCGAGCACGAGGCGGUGGCGAUGCCACGCAGAAACCAGAGCGAUGACGACACAGAAACACCCACACAACCAAACCCCACCCCCCCAGCAGCACCCAUAGACUCUAACGAGGACAAAGACCGAACGCACCCUCCUUCAGACGCAGGAGAAGAAAACACACACUGACUGAACACUUUAAUCCACACACUCAGCUUUUAACUGUUUUAAUGCGGCACAUUCAUCUCAACACGUCUUAAGGUCUGAGUAACCGCUUGCUGUUUCGCUAAAGUCAGGUGCUUCUCUUGACACAACGCUGUAUUUAUAAAGAUUUAUUGUAAACAUUUGCUUUAAGUAAGCCAGAAAAGAUCCUUUAGUUCUUGAAUCCGAUUGGAAAGCUGUUUUUUAUUGGUUUAAAGACUCGGAUAUGUUCGGCUCUAACCCUAACCCAUGAACUCACCUGGCGCCGCUGAGCACUUUAUUAACUCUUGACCGGUGGCGUGUGAAGGAAAGUCCAGGAAUAUCUUUCACUCUAGUUUCUCCCAACACACAAAGAAGCCUCGACGUGAGAACGCGACGCUGAAAGUCGACCUGGGAAACGCUCUGAUGGCGAGACGGUUUGUGUUGAAUUAGUUUCCAAACGCAGAUUUAGAAGACGGACAAAGAGAUGUAACCUGUCACAGCCUCUCUUAGUGUUAGAUUUCAUCACUUUUAAUACUGAUGAAGAUGAACUGACUUGUGAUGAAGAAGUGCCUCUUUUUAGACGCACUGUAAUCCUUUACUGCGCCGACAGCUGUCAAGCUGAGGCUCCUUUUUAAAGCCGUGCGAA